CCCCAGCCAGUCCUGCUGUGUAACCUCCCCCUCUCCCCUGGGUGUCUCUGCUCAGGGCACCUCAGCACCAGCCUCCCCCCCUCCCCCUGCCCACAGGCUCUGCACACAGGGCACUGCCCUCCCCACCAGCCGCCAUGGCCUCCACAGGGACCUGCACCAGGUUCAGUGAUGAAUACCAGCUGUACGAGGAGCUCGGCAAAGGGGCUUUCUCUAUCGUCCGAAGAUGUGUCAAACUGUCCACUGGGCAAGAAUACGCGGCCAAAAUCAUCAACACCAAGAAACUCUCGGCCAGAGAUCACCAGAAGCUGGAGAGGGAAGCUCGGAUCUGUCGUCUGUUGAAGCACUCCAAUAUCGUUCGCCUCCACGACAGCAUAUCAGAAGAGGGAUUCCAUUACCUCGUCUUCGACCUGGUGACCGGGGGUGAGCUGUUUGAAGAUAUUGUGGCCAGAGAAUAUUAUAGUGAAGCAGAUGCAAGUCAUUGCAUCCAACAGAUCCUGGAAGCUGUGCUCCAUUGUCACCAAAUGGGUGUUGUUCACAGAGACCUGAAGCCCGAAAAUUUGCUUCUCGCCAGCAAAUGCAAAGGAGCUGCGGUGAAACUGGCCGACUUUGGUCUGGCUAUCGAGGUCCAAGGAGAACAGCAAGCGUGGUUUGGUUUUGCAGGAACACCAGGUUACCUCUCCCCCGAAGUGCUUCGGAAAGAAGCUUAUGGAAAACCAGUGGAUAUCUGGGCAUGUGGAGUCAUUCUCUACAUCCUGCUGGUUGGAUACCCACCUUUCUGGGAUGAAGAUCAGCACAAGCUCUACCAGCAGAUCAAGGCUGGCGCUUACGAUUUUCCUUCCCCUGAGUGGGACACAGUCACCCCAGAGGCCAAAAACCUCAUCAACCAGAUGCUGACCAUUAAUCCAGCCAAGCGCAUCACCGCAACCGAAGCUCUCAAACACCCAUGGGUUUGCCAACGAUCCACUGUGGCAUCUAUGAUGCAUCGCCAAGAGACCGUAGAAUGUUUGAAGAAGUUCAACGCCAGGAGAAAACUCAAGGGUGCGAUCCUCACCACCAUGCUGGCCACACGCAACUUCUCAGUGGGCAGACAGACCACUGCGCCCGCCACAAUGACAGCUGCUGCUGGCACCACCAUCGGUCUCGUAGAACAAGCUAAAAGUUUACUCAACAAGAAGGUUGAUGGCGUGAAGAAAAGAAAAUCAAGUUCCAGUGUUCAAUUAAUGCCUCAGACAAACAGCACCAAAAACAACGUAGUAACCAGUCCUAAAGGAAACAUUCCCUGCCCUGCUCUGGAGCCACAAACUACUGUCAUCCAUAACCCUGUGGAUGGGAUAAAGGAAUCUUCGGAUAGCAGUAACACAACGAUCGAAGAUGAAGAUGUUAAAGCCAAGGGCGCUGAGAGCAGUGCUGUAAGGAACCAGUCAGGCGAGACUGCCCACCCUCCACCUCCUGUACUCUCCACAAGGUUCACAGAUGUUCUAAGCAGUGUGCGGAGGGGGUCUGGGCCCUACCCUGAGCACGAGGCAGCCCAGACUGCCACCCCACCCCCCCAGAUGCUCCCCCUCACUCCCUCAGCCAUGCAUACUGCAAAGUUCACAGAUGUGUUAAAGAGUGUGCGCAGAGGGUCAGGACCUUUUCCUGAACCGGAGAGUGGGCAGUCUGUACAGGCACCUCCUCUCCCUCCCUCCACCUCCACCCAUUCUCGCAAGCAAGAAAUCAUCAAGCUCACCGAACAGCUGAUCGAGGCCAUUAACAAUGGGGACUUUGAGGCAUACGCAAAAAUAUGCGAUCCAGGUCUGACUUCGUUCGAACCUGAAGCUCUGGGAAACCUAGUUGAAGGAAUGGAUUUCCACAGAUUUUAUUUCGAGAACUUGUUAUCGAAGAAUAGCAAACCCAUCCACACCACCAUUUUGAACCCUCACGUCCACCUGAUUGGAGAAGACGCUGCCUGUAUAGCGUACAUCCGGCUGACUCAGUAUAUAGACAGUCAAGGCAAGCCCAGGACCACCCAGUCAGAGGAGACGCGUGUCUGGCAUCGCCGUGACAGCAAGUGGCAGAAUGUUCACUUUCACUGCUCGGGAGCUCCAGCUGCACCUCUCCAGUGAAGCUGAAGACGUUGGCACAGUUUUGUACCUGACAAACACUCAAGCUGAGCCUAUGAAGACCAGCAGUGACAUGCACGUGUCCGCAUGCACAUUAUGCUCCAGAUGGCUGCAUAAUUGUCACGUUUGUGGAACCAUACGGUGUUUCUUUCAACUGUCUCAAGAUGCAGACCAUUAAAAACGAAAAAUCAUUUAAAAAAAUCUAAAAACAGCUACUGUAUAUGUACUUUAUAUGAUUCACAUUUGAUGGCAGUGGUGAUUCAUCGCAAGUUCAUUUGAAACAUUUGCCAAAGCAUGAAGGUCAGUUGUCAAUUUAAUGGCUAUCAUCCUUGUGUUGGAGGGUUAGUGUUCAUUUUAAAUGACAUUGUACGCCAAAAGCAGUGUGUCAUUUGUUCUCUUGGAAACCCACAAGACUGGUUGUAAAUUCUGUUCAUCUCAGUGGAACUGUAAAGAACACUCUGUGUUUGUCAGUCGCUGGCAAUUUGGGUGGUUUAAAAGACGGCCAAUUUUUUUUAAAAAAAGCCAACAUUUCAUUUUAAACAAUUGUUGCAACCAAUUUUUGAGAUAUCGCUUUGAAAAUGUCAAUUUUAUUAUAAAAUAUAAUCAUUUGAAAAAAUUACGACCGUUUGUGGGACACUGCUGUGCGCAAUUGGCUGCCACGUUUCAUCCACAAAAAUACAGUCAAUUUACUUUACAUUAUAUCCUGUGAAGCGCUUUGAGACGUCUCAACGACGUGAUUAAGGCACUAUAUCAAGUAUUAUUAUUGUUAUAAAAUACUAAGGCUUCUGCCUUCACCAAGCCGUCACAAGUGGUUGCUGUACGCAACCAAAGUACAUAAAGAAACACAACAACUUUGUUUUUUCAUCUCAUAUCUUUGCGUGCUGUAUUUUGGGGGAGAGAAGCAAGAUUGAUUUGUGGAUUUUCUCAUUUUGUGUGCAAAAGAAAAGUUUAUUUGGUAAACAAAAAAAGUUAAAAAAUUAUUUUCAAAAAAUUCACAAAAAGGUACUUUCAGCUGAAACCAAGAUCUAAAGUGUUCAAAUGUGAAAACAUGGAGGAAUUCUUUCCCCGGUUUUAUUCAGCUGUUAAUUAUUUCACGUGCUCAGUAGCAAAGGUAUUACAGUGUUCUUUACUGUUUCAUUAUACUGUGCUACCGACUCCAGGAUUCAAAAGUUGCCAUGAGUUGAAACUAUAUGCAUUUUUACAGAGUUGAUGCAUGUUAUAUAUUUAUAGCCAAUAAUUUUAUUCUGUGUUUAACUUGCAAUGGGUUCAGAUGAUGUUCUGAGUUUUACCGCUUUGGAAUUGCACAGUCUUGGAUGCGUGUUGUGUACAUUUGACGUCUGAGUUCGGUCUGGCUCAGAAAGGCAUGAUCACUUUGUUGUUUCUUUGUUAAAACUCGUGUAGAAAAUAGUUUGUUCAAAUAGACAAAAAAAAAAGUUUGCAUGCCAUAAUUAUCCCUGUUGCUUUAUAAAAACGAUUGCUUGUAGAGCUAUACUUUCUCGUUCCCUCUCCUUUCUGAGCUUCGUAACUGGUUCAACUUUUUUUGUCUGACAAUAUGUAACGGAAACCUGGUUUGCAUGCAUUCUUCCAACUGUUUAACAAUGUGGUGCAGGGGGCUGUGGAAACGCAUUGAAAAGGACUUCCUCUUCACGUUUUUAAUGGAUGUUUUACAUUAGACAGCUAGGAUCUCAACUGUAACGAGCUGUGUGUGGGUCACAUUUUUAUUUUUAUUAUUAAUUUUUUUUACGAGGGCUGUGAAUUAAAUGAAUGAGUUUUACCUCAUUGUUUGCCGAGUGUGGCUUGAAGUGUGAAAAAAAAUUUGUCGAUUUGCUGGAAAUAUUUUUAUGGUUGACAUGAUGGACUAUAUACGCUUUUUACACAGCAACUGCCUGAAUAUGAAAUGUGAUUUUUUUUAUUAUUAUUAUGAUUCAAGUUUUCUGCAGCUGAAAUUCUGUCAGGUCUGGUUUAUAUGAGGACAAGAUGUGUUACAGGAUGUGGUCUGUGUUCCUCUCACCAUUUAAAAUGUUGAUAUGUUAGAAAUAAAAUGACUAUACGAGUA